UAAUAAGAAAGCAUCAUCGUGUCGACAUCUUUAGAAAGAAACAGAAGAAACUUCUUAUCUUCUCCAAAACGACGAAGUUUUGAAUUUUCGCUCAACUCCGAGCCUUCUUGUCUUCCCUCACACACAAGAGAGAGAGAGAGAGAGAGAGAGAGAGAGAGAGAGAAAGAGAAAGAGAACGAGCCUGUAAUUUCUCACCGAUCAAAUUGUAAUCGGAGUUGCCUACACAACCGGCAUUUUUUCGCCGUCGCCGGGGACAAAUGAAGAUCAACGUGGACUCGAUCGCUCGGAGAGUCGAGGUCGACAAUCGGAUUCCUCUGCGCCAUUACUACCGGAUCGCCGAUAAUCUCCUCAAACAGGCCAGUAUUUAUCGGGAGGAGAAGAAUGUUGUAGAUUUGUAUAUCAUACUUCUUAGAUAUUCGAGUUUGGUGUCUGAAACUAUACCGUUCCACCGAGAUUACCAGGUUCUGCUUCCAAAGGAAAGAAUAAAUUAUAAGAAGAGAUUGUUAGCAGUACUAGAUGAGCUUGAAUCUUUGAAACCAGAAUUCCAAAGUCGAGUGGAUGAACUAAAUGAGGGCCACUCUGGAGCUGGAUUGCCUCAACUUGACGGCCUGGAAUUAAAUUCAUUUGGUUCGGAAAUAUAUUCCUUGGAAUGGCCUGCUGUUAAUAAAAAUUCUUACUCGAGUGUUGAUAAUAGGCAGCAUGCCAGCGUGGCACCUCAGUCUUCAUGGAAGUAUAAGAAUGAUCACUCUCAGGUUUUUUCACCAAAUUCCAUGCAAAUUGACAAGCAGUUUCAGAAGCUAUCUUUUGGUCUAGUUGCUCCAAAGAAGGAAACUUUGUCUAGACACUCAUUCUUAGGUCCGAAUGGUCUUCAGGGCCAGUGGCUAGGACCUACUUCAGGAAUGAAGGUUCAAUAUCCAAGCAAUACAGACUUAUCUCUUACUGAAAAUUUGGGCCUGAAUCAGGCUGGACAAUAUGAUCUUGUGGCAGCAAAAGAUGGCGAUCCAGGAGGGGUCAGAUCUGCAAUGGAGUCGGUGCUCUCCUUAGAUGAUGGCAGAUGGCUACGUCCUGCUGAGGAGUCUUGUUCUCCGUUGAUCAAUGAAGCAAGGGAAGAUGAUUUCCGGUUGGUCAAGCAACCUUCCAUUCCUCCUGUCCUUGCUCAACUGCAGCAGGACUUCACUCCAAUUCCUCCAUCAAAAGUUGCAGAUCCGAGACCUGGACCUGCUAUAUCUUCUCAGGAUGGGAUGCCAAGUUCUGAUUCAUAUCAACAUCUACACGUUCCUGUAAAAAUGAUGGAAGAUUUUUUGAGAUUGGCUCGGGCAAACACACAGAAAAAUUUAGAAACAUGUGGCGUUCUUGCGGGUUCACUGAAAAACAGGGUUUUCCACAUCACUACGCUUAUUAUCCCAAAGCAGGAGUCAACUUCAGAUUCGUGUCAAACGUUGAAUGAAGAAGAGAUAUUUGAAGUUCAAGACAAAUUAUCGCUUUUUCCUCUUGGGUGGAUUCACACGCACCCAUCACAGACCUGCUUCAUGUCAUCAGUGGAUCUGCACACUCAUUAUUCGUACCAGAUUAUGCUACCUGAAGCAAUUGCAAUUGUUAUGGCCCCUACAGAUACUUCGAGUCCACAUGGCAUAUUUCAUUUAUCUGAUCCAGCUGGUGUGUCUGUGAUUCGAAAUUGCCAACAACGUGGCUUUCAUCCCCAUGAGGAGCCAGAUGAUGGAAGUCCAAUUUAUGAGCAUUGUUCACAUGUCUAUAUGAACCCCAGUUUGAAGUAUGACGUUGUAGAUCUUCGAAGACCAUGAUUUCUUAACACUGACAGAGUUUCUGAGAAAAUAAUCAUCAGGUUGAAGGAAAAUAUGUAUAUCAAGAGUAAAUCUCUUAUCACCUGACAUGAAAAGCAUUGUAAAUUCAAAUGGUUUCUGAGAUACAGGUUGAAUACAAAGCACACACAUCCUCUUCUGUGUUCCACCAUGUGCUAAGAUUUUGUACUCGUUGUAGUGAUACUUGGUAAAUAUGAGUUCUGUAAUUAACACCAGCAUUGUUCAUGAGUCCAAGUUUUCCAAGGAACCCUGAUAAUCUCAUCAAAGUUAUUAGAUAAGUUAUGGAAGGUGAACGAUUUCAUAUGAA